AAACAAGAUGGAUUUUUUUAUUAUUAUUAUUAAAGUGCAAGCUCUGUUGAAAAGUAGUAACAAUAAUACUUUCUCUGACACUAAGAUGUAAAAUGGCACAGAAAGGAGUUCAGCUGGACCGGGAAACCUUCUCUUGUUCAAUCUGUCUGGAUCUACUGAAGGAUCCUGUGACUACUUCCUGUGGACACAGCUACUGCAUGAACUGUAUUAAAGCUCACUGGGAUGGAGAGGAUGAGAAGAAAAUCUACAGCUGUCCUCAGUGUAGAAAGACUUUCACACCGAGGCCUGUCCUGCUGAAAAACACCAUGUUAGCAGAUUUAGUGGAGGAGCUGAAGAAGACUGAAGAACUCCAAGCUGCUCCUGCUGAUCACUGCUAUGCUGGAGCUGAAGAUGUGGCCUGUGAUGUCUGCACUGGGAGAAAACUGAAAGCACACAAGUCCUGUCUGGUGUGUCUGGUCUCUUACUGCGAGAAACACCUUCAGCCUCAUUAUAACUCCUCUGCGUUUGAGAAACACAAGCUGGUGGAGCCCUCCAAGAAGCUGAAGGAGAACAUCUGCUCUUGUCAUGAUGAGGUGAUGAAGAUGUUCUGCCGUACUGAUCAGCAGCUUAUCUGUUAUCUCUGCUCUGUGGAUGAACAUAAAGGCCACAACACAGUCUCAGCUGCAGCAGAAAGGACUGAGAGGCAGAAAGAGCUCGAGGGGAGUCAACAAAACAUCCAGCAGAGAAUCCAGGACAGAGAGAAAGAUGUGAAGCUGCUUCAACAGGAGGUGGAGGCCAUCAAUCGCUCUGCUAAUAAAGCAGUGAAAGAAAGUAAGAAGAUCUUCACUGAGCUGAUCCGUCUCAUGGAGAAAAGACGCUUUGAUGUGGAGCAGCAGGUCAGAUCACAGCAGAAAACUGAAGUGAGUCGAGUCAAAGAGCUUCAGGAGAAGCUGGAGCAGGAGAUCACUGAGCUGAAGAGGAAAGACGCUGAGAUGAAGAAGAUCUCAGACACAGAGGAUCACAUCCAGUUUCUACACAACUACUCCUCACUGUCACCACUCAGUGAAUCUACAUCCAGCAUCGAUAUCCGUCCUCUGCGCUACAUUGAGGACGUGACAGCGGCUGUGUCAGAAGUCAGAGACAAACUACAGGACGUCCUGAGAGACACAUGGACAAACAUCUCACUGACUGGGACUGAAGUGGAUGUUUUACUGUCAAAUCCACAAUCAGAUCCAAAGACUAGAGCUGACAUCUUAAAAUAUUCACUUGAAAUCACACUGGAUCCAAACACAGUACAUCCAGAGCUGUUGUUAUCUGAGGGGAACAGAAAAGUAACCGUUAUGGAAGAACAACAGUCUUAUUCUCAUCACCCAGACAGAUUCACAGAUUAUUGGCAGGUCCUGAGUAAAGAGAGUCUGACCGGACGUUGUUACUGGGAGGUGGAGUGGAGAGGGAGAGGUGAAGUAGCAGUCGCAUACAAGAAUAUCAGCAGAGCAGGGUGGUCGGAUAAAUGUGAAUUUGGACUCAAUGACAAAUCUUGGGCGUUAGGAUGUAACAAAAACAGUUAUACAUUUUGGUACAACAAUGUCCAAACUCUUGUCCCAGGUCCUGUGUCCUCCAGAGUAGGAGUGUACCUGGAUCACAGUGCAGGUGGUUUACCAGGAAAACUUAUGGAACUUAUGGCCAAACAUGGUUUUCCAUUGUCGCCAGUGCUCGAAUUGGACCAAAAAAGGUGCCAGUGACCUGUUACAGCAAUCUUGUAGGGGUUUCGCCAGUCUCACAGUCGAAUCUUCGCGUCUGAAAAUGUGGUUAUGAAACAAAGGAUCAUUCCAUUUGUGGGGGUGCUGAAUGUCUGACUUUACAUAAAAUUGUUUGGUUUGUCCCGAAAAAAAAUCAGGUUUUAUAGCCUAUUUUGAUAUAAAUAUCAGCCUAUUAAUAAUACUGUUAAUAACAAUUACUCAUGUGGACAAACACAAGAAGUGACGGUACUUAGUACUGGCCCUUUUCAUACCUUUAUUUAUUCAGGGGAGUUUCACUGAGAGGAAGCCUCUCUUUUGCAGGAAAGCCCCGAUCACAUUUACACAGUUGCACACAUUCAAACCUGGAAGCUGCCCAGUACAACCACAGUCUGAUCUGCUGGCCACUGAGCAGCUUAACUGGAGUGAUUGGGAUCAAGAGCCUCAGUCAAGGGCAACUCAGUGGUGGUAAUGAGGGAUGGACGGGUGUUGGGACGGGUGUCUGUUUGGGGGAUUAAACCGGCGACCUCCCGGUCCCUGCUCCAACUGUAUAUGCCACCACUGCCCCAGGCACUGAUUGCAAAUGUAAAUGGCCUGUUUUUAUAUAGCGCGUUUCUAGUCUUAAUGACUACUCAAAACGCUUUAACAUAGUACAGGAACCAUUCACAC